GCCAAAGGCCACCACCGCCGAAUCAUCCAUCGAUACACAAGUCAUCCGUACGCAUCUCGUUUGCCAGUCUUUUCGAUUGAUUGACCGAUCCAUCUCUCGCCGCCGGUGACCGUGAUGGAGGAGGCGCUCAUCUCGCCGGAGCUCCGGGACGUGCUGGCCAAGGUGGCGGUGUUCCUGCUCGUGCAGGGGCUGGUGUACCUCAUCCUCACCAACUCCUCCGACGUCUUCUCCAAGAACAAGAGGCUCCGGUCCCUCAGCUUCCGGCCCAUGCGCUCCAUGAGCGUGCGCCGCGUCCUGGCGCCGCUCUCCGACGUCCCCGUCGGCACCGACGACGACUCGCCCUCGCCUUCGCUGUUUUCGUCUUCUUCGUGGUCGUCGCGCCGCUGGGGUAGCCGCAAAGAGGAUUGAGCAGCUUGGAGUUUGGACCGGUUGCUUAAUUAGUUCUGACGCCAGAUGGGUAGCUAUAGCUUGGUGAUUCUGAACUGCCGUGGGUUUGAGAUUUGAGAAUGGUAGUAUUUGUUAAACUUUCAUGUGAGCUAGAUUUAGAUGGAGUCUUGUA